AUGGCCUCGACUGACGCGCCCCCGGCCUACACGCAGGCUGCCCCGACGAGGCGUCUGCUGUCGGUAUUCCGGUCCAUCCCCUUCCAGAUCGCCAUUGCCAGUGGCGUGUCCUUCACGGCUCCGGGCAUGUGGGAUGCCCUGAACAACUUGGGAGCCGGAGGUGCUGCGGAGCCGUAUGCUGUCUCGGCGGCAAACGCCCUGCUGUACGGCCUGUUCGCCGUCGUAUGUGUGGCCGCUGGUGCCAUCAACAACCGUAUCGGCCUUCGCUAUGGGCUGGCCCUUGGCGCAAUUGGCUAUCCCAUCUACGGUGCUGGUCUCUACACCAACAACUACUCACCGACAACCUGGUUCAUGCUGUUCGGUAGUGCCCUGUGUGGUAUCUCUGCUGGUUUCUUCUGGGCUGCCGAGGCGGCCAUCAUCAUCGGGUAUCCCAGCCCCAAGGACCGCGCCUUUUACCUGGCCAUCUGGCAAACGGCAAAGGCUGCUGGACCUAUUGUCGGCGGUGCAAUCAAUCUCGGUCUCAAUGCGCAGACUUCAGGGCAGGGAUCUGUCAGCGCAAGCACUUACAUCGUGUUCAUCGUCAUCAUGUGCCUUGGCCUGCCUAUUGGGCUGUGUCUGAGUCCGGCUCACAAGGUCCAGCGCAAGGACAAGACUCUGGUUGUCGUGAAUACUCAGUCCUCAUGGGCAGCUGAAUUCAAGGCCGUUUUGAAGCUGCUUGCCACCCGCCGCAUUCUCAUGCUGCUCCCUGCCUUCUUCAUCAGCUACUUCUACAACGGCUUCCAGAGUACCUGGUUGACCACCUACUUCACCGUGCGAGCCCGCGCAUUCUCGUCCUUCUUCACCAACUUCGCUGGCAUUAUUUCGUCUUUCAUGAUCGCCACCCUGCUUGAUAGCCAGAAAGUCCACAUCAAGACCCGAGCACGCAUUGCAUUCGCCGCGAUCGUCAUCGUCCUCACCGGCACUUGGAUCUGGGCCACCAUCCUCCAGUACCAGUUCUACUACGACAGCGCCGAAUCCCCUGUAUUUGACUGGUUCAAGGGCGGCUUCGGCAAGUCUUACGCCUUGGUCUUCUUCUGGACCUUCGCUGGCCAGGCAUUCCAGCAAUUCCUCUACUGGCUUGUUGGCCAGUACACCACCGAUCUGUCCUCUCUUUCCCACCACUGCGGUAUCCUCCGAGGAUUCGAGGCCCUCGGACAGACCGUUGCAUGGGCAAUGCAAUCUGAAGGCAAUGCCAACCACUUUGUCAGCAUUGGUAUCAACUUUGGUAUCACCCUGGUCAGUGUUAUUCCGACAUGGAUUGUCAUCUCCGAGUUGGAGCACAGUCACGAAAUCCAAGUAACUGCAGAGGACACAACGGACUCAAAGUCCGCAGGAGAAACAAAUGCUGCAGUUUAA